CUAAAAUGUACAUUAAUUGGAAAAUCAAUGCAUACAUUUUACAAAAAGAAAAUACUUUAAGUUUAAUUUAAUUUCAUUAAUUGCGUUUGGUUAAUGUUCCUAUGUCGCUAUUUUCUUUUACAAUAGACCAGCAAUUUCUGUGCCUUUUCAAUUUCAAAAACAAAGAAUAAAGUUUUUGCCAGUGUAUGCAUACGUCUGCGUUAGCUGAUGAUGAUGAAGAUGACGAUGACUUUGCCUGAAGCCAAUGGGCCACACAUACACCGUCACUUGCAUCCAACGAGUAUCUUGUAUCAUAUCGAAUGUUAAUGAGCAAUUUGUGUAUAAUCACGGCGCACAAGCCGCAAAAGCCAAAAAAGCCGCACAUUGCGAAAUCCAAAUGUGGCAUGCGUUUAGCACACAUUACUGCAACUGCAACAGCAACAUCACAGCAGCAACAACACAGCGGCAACAUCACGAUACUAACAGACAUCAAGAAGUGGGACAAUCAGCUUCAGAAUCGUUUUGGGAAAGCUGCUCUAUUGGAGUUUCGCUCCCUCAAAUAGCAUUAUAAACAACCUGAUGUUGUUUCUAUAUAUAUUAGCAUUGAUAUAAUGCGAGCAUGUGGCAGCCAUGAGGCGGCAGCGUUCUACUCACUGCCAGCUGUUAUUAUGCCCGGCCACUUGUUGCAGGCAUUCAUGAUGCAACUGCGCCAGCAGCCAGCGGCACAACGAACUCGAUUCAAGUCUUUGCCGGGUCUCAACCAAAAACACUCAUACGCCAUGUGGGCGCGAGGCGAUCGGAGGAUGUUGCAUGAACAGCAGCCGACAACAACAACCGCAACGGGCGCCACACUGGCCCAUGGCCAAGGCUAAGGCCAGUGUUAUAGCCACAGUCACAGUCACAGUUACAGUUACAGCCACAGCCAUAGCCACACACCAGCAGUACUAAAUACAGAAUUACACCACCUCCAGCCACUACAACAACAACAAGAACAACAACAACAACAGACAACUGAAAUAUCAACAAAAGUUGAAGAAUUCCGUUGAACUCGAACGAAACAAAACAUCAACAAAAUGUCUGAGUCACGCCGUCAAUCGGUGAGCUCCAGGGCGAUGCCGCCGGGCGUUCUGGCCAACGAUAGCCGGGCCAACUCCACCGAUGACAUCCAGAUCGCCUUGGCGCCGCACAUCCAGACCUAUUUGAGCCAAACUGGCCGGCGGCACUCCUGCUGCAGCGUGAUGUUGCCGGUGGCCUUUGAGCGGGCUGCGGCCAAGUCCUGGCUGGACCCCAAGUUCGAUUCCCCGGUCCUGGAGGAGCAGUACCAGGCCAGCGUAUUUCCUCACGUCCGCAUGCGUUAUAGGUUCACCCUCUCGUACAUCCUACUAUGCUCGCUGAUGUGGUGCCUGUACUUCGUGGUGGACGGCGGAUCGGAGGACUUCUGGCGGCCGAUCUCCAGCGCCUUCUCGAUGCUCUCGCUGGUGACGAUCAUGGCGCUGUGCUUCACGCACUGGGACCUGUACCGGGAGCACCGGACGGCGACGUCGGCGGUGACCGCCCUGCUGCUCUGCGGCGCCUCGCUGGCCUUCCUCACCUACACGGGCCGGGCCUUCAGUCCGCUGGGCCACUUUGCCAUCUGCCUGGAGAUCGUGCUGCUCAUCUACACGGCCCUGCCGAUGCCCCUCUGGCUGGGCGCCAGCACCGCCAUCAGUUACUCCAUUGCCUUCGAGAUGGUCUCGCACAUGGUCAUCGGAUGCAGUGCCAUUCACGGCGGUGGAUCGGGAUCGGGAUCGGGAAUGGGAUCGGGAAUGGGAUCGGGAUCGGAAAUGACAGCCAAUGGCGAUCCCAGCAACAAGAUACUGAUCCUGCGUAUAAUGGCCCACCUGAGUGUGCAUCUGGUGGGGGUGCAUGUGCUGAUCAUGAAUCUGGUGCGGAUGCGCGGCACCUUCAUGAAGGUGGGUCAAAACCUGCUGGUGCGUCGCCAAUUGGAGAUGGAGAAACAGCUCAAGGAGAAGAUGAUCCACUCGGUGAUGCCGCCCAAGGUGGCGGAUAUGCUGCUGAACGAGGGCGGUACCUCGGGCCUCGAUUCGAGUGGAAUGCCGCCCGAAUCGCAUUACAUGCGACCACGGGCCUCCAACGAUGUGAAGUCGCUGUUCCGACCCUUUCACAUGCACAGCAUGGAGAACGUGAGCAUCCUAUUCGCCGACAUUGUGGGCUUCACGCGCAUGUCCUCCACGAAGACGGCCGAGCAGCUGGUGGAGAUCCUCAACGAUCUCUUCGAGCGCUUCGACGACCUCUGCUCGCUGAGUGGCUGCGAAAAGAUAUCCACGCUGGGCGACUGCUACUACUGUGUGUCCGGCUGUCCAGAGCCGCGGGCCGACCAUGCCAUUUGCUGCGUGGAAAUGGGUCUGGGCAUGAUCGACGCCAUGCGCUGCUUCGAUGCCCAGCGGCACGAGGGCGUCAAGAUGCGGGUGGGCGUCCACACGGGCACCGUCCUCUGCGGCAUCGUGGGCACGCGGCGGGUCAAGUUCGAUGUGUGGAGCAACGACGUCAGCCUGGCCAACAAAAUGGAGUCCUCGGGCAAACCGGAGCAGGUGCACAUCUCGCAGGAGACAUCCAGCUUCUUGGGUGAUGCCUACUAUCUGGAGGAGGGCGAGGAGGUGUUCGGUCACCGCACCUACUUCGUGGUGGGACGCCGUCGCGACUUCACCCGCACCAACAGCCUGAGUCCCAGCAUGCCGACCAAUGCGGCCGGCAGUGCCCUGCUGCUGCCCGGCGCCCACGGUGCCUCUGCCUCCCUCUCGCAGAGCGCCACCAAUGUGUCGGCGGUGCAGCCGAAUGUGCCGCCCGCCUCGCCGGUGGGCCAGCUGUCCAGCUCGCUGAAUCCCUCGCCGGUGCUCUCCAUGCGUCCGCGCCUCACCUCGCUGAGCAUGAAGCUGCGCAAGAAGUCGCAGAGUCGCGAUCGCGAUCGUGAUCGCGAUGUGGAGCGCGGCAUCAUCCAUCCGGCGGCGGCGGGUGUGCCACCGGUGAUUGUGGUGCGCGAACGGCCCAAGAUCAUAAUCACUACCAAAUCCCUGCCCGGCAGCCUCGACUCCGAUGAACAGAUGCCGGUUAGUCCACCAACGCCACGACCAAAUCCUCCAGCUGCCGACACACGAUCGAAGAUCAAGCUAAAGGUAUGGAAAAUGCCGCGUUUUCUCAAGCGUUUCGAGGAUUUGGCCAGCAGGAGUGGCAGCUGUGCAUCCGCGGCUCAACAGGAAAGGGAAAAGGAGCGGGAGCGGGAGAGGGAGAGGGAGCGAGAACGAGAGCGGGAGCGGGAGAAGGAGGAGCUUCAUCAGCAGAAUCAAUUGAAUCCCGAGGAGACGCUGGCCUUCAUGGACAGCCAGCUGCAGAAUGGCAACGGCUGUGGCUAUCAGCAGCUGCCCGUUUUGGUGGAGUCGCUCAGCGGCCAUCGCACCCAGACACUGGACAUACCGCCGGCUCGGCCGGUGCUCCAUCAUGCGGCCACGUCCACGGCCCUGGCCAGCAGUGUGCUCCGGUCGCCGGAGGCUGGAGGCGGUUGCUGCUCCCCGGGGCAGUACUCCAUGUACGACGACAUCAUCGAUGUGCGUUCCUACAUCAGUCAGUCGCGCAGCGAUAUAUCCCCCUUCGGUCGAUCGGGCAGCUAUAGAUCGCAGUGUGGCAGGCAGUCAACUGGCGGAGGUGGAGGUGGAGGAGGAGGAGGAGGAGGAGGAGGAGCGGGAGGAGCAGCGGGUACCUCACAGGCAGCACCCACAGUGGAACAAUCGCCAGUGCCGCGGCCACGAGCCUCGACAUUGGCCACCGGCAGACCCACCACCACCGCCACCGCCACACCGAACACCCUGGAGCCGGGGUCUUCGUCGGCCAGUCCUUGUUGCCUGCCAGCUCCCUGCAACGCCGGCAUCGGCAUCUUCCCGCCCACACACUCCCGCCAGUCGAGCAUUUGCCCAUCGGCCACGUCGCGCAAGGAUUCGGGCAUCAAGAGCAACUCGCGUCGCUCCUCGAUCCAGCAGCAGAUCUAUGCGCUCAACCAGUCGGCCAUCAGUCAGCACCGGGUGUCGGGCUACUUCACCAGCUCCACGUCGAGCAUCUCGAAUUUGGGCGAGGUGCAGGGCGUAUGCCUGGGUCUGGGUCUGCCGCUGGCCGUUCAGCCGCCGCCACCGCCGCUGCUGAUGCCCGCCUGCUCCUCGCAGCUGGCCGAUCCCUUGGCCGCCUGCCUGCAGCAGUUGCGCAAGCAGUCGGACCUCCAGCUGAUCCGUUGCGUGCGUGACAAUGCCCGGUCGCAACGGAGCUAUCUGGUGAAGCCACCGUUGCGCAGGUUCAGCUUGUACUUCAAGUCGCGCCAGCUGGAGCGCGACUUCCGUUCGAAGGCGCAUCGCUUUGGGGCCGAGAACGAGACGGAGGGACCGCCGACCCUGGCCACGCCGCGCUACAACACCUACAUUGACAUAUUCGUGGGCAUUGCCGUCUACCUGUGCAUCUCCGUGUCGCUCUUCCUGAUGACCCAGAACACGGUCACUCCGAGCUUUCGCCUGUGGGUGACCCUCUUCUCCUGCUUCACGGGCAUCCAGGUGUUUGCCCUUUUCCUCUUCACCCGCCAGAUGUGUCGUCGGCAGAGUGGCGGCGGUGGCGGCAACGUUAGCCACCGCUUCAGAUCCAAGUCGACGACCAGUGAGGAUCUGGAGAGGAGCGGGGAGGAGCAGCAGCGUGGGCCACACUUUGAGUCCUGCGCCGAUCGCAUUUUCGAGGCCAUCUCCAGCUGGUAUCCGUGGCACAUUUGCCUGGCCAUCCUGAUGGCCAUGCCCGUGCUGCUGAUCAUCGCCAAUUUUUUGCUGCUCGAUCUGGAGCAGCUGGAGGCCUUCGAGUAUCACUACGGCUUCCUGAUCUUCGUGUGCAUCGUGCACUUCUGCAAUUUCACGCAACUCAACUGCUGGGUGCGCAAUGUGCUGGCCUUCCUGGCCGCCCUCUGUUUCAUCGGCAUUGCGGUGUCACAGCUGAUGGUGUACAGUCACAAUCGCAGCGAGGAUCAGGAACUGGAUCAGGAACAGGAUCAGAAGGAUCAAGAGGAUCAGGCAUCGAACUUCAUUCAGGAGAUCAAGUGGUUCCAGGACUACCACGUAGAGAUCUAUCUGGACCUGCUGCUCAUCCUGGUGCUGGUGUGGUUCCUCAAUCGCGAGUUCGAGAUCGGCUACCGGCUGACCUUCUAUGGCAAUGCGGUGGCCAACCAGGACAAGGUGCGGGUACAGAACAUGAAGAACCAGGCGGACAUGCUGCUGCACAACAUCAUACCGAAGCAUGUGGCCGAGCAUCUGAAGAACACGGCCAAGUACUCGGAGAACCACCACAACAUAGCCAUCAUCUUUGCCUCGAUCGUCAACUUCAACGAGAUGUACGACGAGAGCUAUCUGGGCGGCAAGGAGUUUCUGCGGGUGCUCAACGAGCUGAUCGGGGAUUUCGAUGAGCUGCUGUCGCGACCAGAGUUCCGGGCCGUGGAGAAGAUCAAGACGAUCGGGUCCACGUUUAUGGCGGCCAGCGGACUGGAUCCGUCGCAUCGCGGCUCCGGCGACGAGCAUAUCCACACGCUGAUGGAGUUCUCAAUUGCCAUGCAGGAUGUGGUGGAUGCCUUCAACAAGGACCUCUUGGAGUUCAAUCUCAUCCUGCGCAUCGGCAUGAACAUUGGCGAUGUAACGGCGGGAGUGAUCGGCACCAGUAAACUGUACUACGACAUCUGGGGCGAUGCGGUCAAUGUGGCCUCCCGCAUGGACUCCACGGGUCUGCCCAAUCGCAUCCAGGUGGGCAAGGACUGCCUACCCUUCCUCGCCAAGCGCUAUGAGUUCGAGCCGCGCGGCAGUGUGUAUGUGAAGGGCAAGGAUCACAUGGAGGUGUUCCUCUACACGGGUCGCAGGGAGAAGCCACUGGAGGAGGAGGAGGCGGAGGAAGAGGCGGAGACGGAGGCGGAUGCGGAGGAGGCGGUGGAGCAGCAACUGAACCUGCUGGGUGUACAUAAGCUGGAGCAGUUGGACCAGCACAGCAAGCUGGACGACGAGGAGGAGGGGGAAGAGGAUGAGGAUGAGGAGGAGGAGGAGGAGGAGGAGGAUGACUUGCACUCCAGUGAGACCACUACGCUCUUUAAGUCGCAGGAGUCGCUCCAAGCGAAUGGUGGCCAACACUUGGCACCGGCCAAUAUCAUUGCUACCACCAUUACUCUUACCAACAGCAACAACAGCGGCAACAACAACAACAACAACAACAACACCACAACCAACAACUCAAUGCCAGUGGAAACUUAGGAAAUUGCUGGUAGAGGAAGGCACUUGAAAAAUGGUUUCAAAAUUGCAUUUAAUGGCUCCAACGGUGGAGCGAGCUUUCCAACAACAAACAUGGCUAAGAGGCGGAGUUGUGGCCGGAAAAUGAAACAAAACCAGAGGAUACAAGAGGAUACAGAGGGGCAGGGCGGGGGUGGGUUUGAAACAACCAACAAACCAAUGUGAUAUAAAUGAAUAUGAAUAGAUAGAAACGUUAGAAACGAUAGAAUCGGGUUAAAGUUGCUAGUGAUUGGUGAAUUGAUUCAUCAAUUGAUUAAUUGAUUCAUUGAUUAUUUGAUUGAUUGUUGUUAUGGCGUUUGGCUGAAUUAAGUUGAUAACACUUGCGAUAUCCAAAUGAAUAUCCAAAACACUCGCAGACUAAUGCAAAUUAUUCAACAUAUUGAUGUGUGUAUAUGUAUUUAAUUGUACUAGCCAGUUGACUCAUCUGAAAACCAAACGAAAUGCUUUCUUUCCUUUCUACCACUGUUUUUUUUUUUUUUUUUAAUAGCUCUAACUAAACUAAAUUAAACUAAUGAAAAUAUGUGGCUUUAAAUGGUAGUAGCGAAAUAUAGAUGUGGAUUGUAUGUAGAUUCAAUGUACCAUAGAGCUAACCAAUAUAUAUAUAUAUGUACAAGUAACUAAAUAACAUUUUUUUUGAGCCAACGAAUGGAUAUUACCUGUAUGUAUUUGCUGUUGUUCAAUGUUGAUCAAUAUGUGUAUAUAAAUGUAUGUAGCUAAAUUUAAAUGAUUGUGUCUCGCAGACAAUGGUCUGCUGCCAUAUAUAUGAGUUUGGUCGGCAGGGGCUAAUUUAAUUUCCAAAAAACAAAACCGUUUUGAAUAAAAACAGAUUUGAUCGAAA